AUGAGGCUGAGUUUGCAACCCGAAGGCCUGCAUGGUUUGUUAGCUGGCUGGGAUGACAAGAGUGCCAAGGCAAUAUGCACCUUCAGUUAUGCUGAAAGCGUUAAUAGUAAACCUAUGAUUUUUCAGGGCAUAACAGAAGGCAGUAUAGUUGAACCAAGAGGUUGUCGUGAUUUUGGCUGGGAUCCAAUUUUUCAACUGAAAGGCUACCAACUAACUUAUGCAGAAGUGCCUAAGGAAGAUAAAAACAAGAUAUCACAUCGUUAUCGUGCGCUCGCUGCUUUGCAGGAAUAUUUUCUACAGCAGAAAGAGGAUUAGUACGUGCAGCGGAAGGUCUUACGACUUAUAUGCACAUAUGGAUAUGAGCAUGUGUAUAUAUGUAUAAGUUUAAACGUGCAUGAUUGUAUGGUAGUAAAAAAAAGCUAAUUAUAUUACAAAGUAAACAGCCGCACAUGAUAUGUUUUAUUGGUCCUAAUACGCAAACACUGUUGUACUCUUAAGAACGUAAUAACCAUUGUUUGCCUUUUUAUUUCUUUUAUUUUGAAGAGUUCCAUCUUCAUUCUUCAUU